AUGGCGCCCACCCAAGUCCCACCGCCUCUCGAGGGCAAGAAGCGCAGAAUCGGUGUCAUGACCAGCGGAGGGGACGCCCCAGGCAUGAACGGCGCCGUGCGAGCCGUUGUCCGCAUGGCCAUCCACAACAACUGCGAGGCAUACGCCAUCUACGAGGGCUACGACGGGCUCGUAAAAGGCGGCGACAUGAUCAAGGAGAUGACCUGGGACGACGUGCGCGGCUUCCUGUCCGAGGGCGGCACGCUCAUUGGCACCGCGCGAUGCAUGGAGUUCAUGCAGCGCGAUGGACGCCGCACCGCCGCGAAGAACAUGAUCAUCAAGGGCAUCGAUGCGCUGAUCAUCUGCGGUGGUGACGGCUCCCUCACAGGCGCAGACAAGUUCCGCGCCGAGUGGCCGGAGCUGCUGAAGGAGCUGGUCGAGAAGAAGGAGCUCACUGCCGAGCAGAUCGACCCUUUCAAGCACCUGAACAUUGUCGGCCUGGUCGGCUCCAUCGACAACGAUCUCUCAAUGACCGACGCAACCAUUGGCUGCUACACAUCCCUCGGCCGCAUCUGCGAAGCCAUCGAUUCAGUCGACACCACGGCUGUCAGCCACCAACGUGCUUUCGUUAUCGAAGUCAUGGGCCGGCACUGUGGUUGGCUAGCACUGAGCUCUGGAGUCGCAACCGGCGCCGACUUCGUCUUUACACCCGAAAACCCCCCCGACGAGGGCUGGCAGGCCGACAUGUGUCGACAGAUCAAGAAGCACAGAGACAUGGGCAAGCGCAAAACAAUUGUCGUUGUCGCCGAGGGCGCCAUCGAUCGCCAGCUGAACAAGAUCACGUCGCAACAGGUCAAGGACAUCCUCUCCAAUGAGGCUCAUCUCGAUACGCGCAUUACCACCCUGGGUCAUGUCCAGCGUGGAGGCACACCCUGCGCCUACGACCGCAUGCUUUCAACGCUUCAAGGCUCUGAGGCUGUCAAGGCUGUGCUGGAGGCAACCCCAGAUACACCCAGCCCAGUCAUUUGUAUGCAGGAGAACAAGAUUGUUCGACGGCCACUGCUCGAAGCCGUAGCUCAAACCAAGGAAGUGGCUGUUGCGAUUGAAAACAAAGACUUCCACCGGGCUAUGCAGCUCCGCGAUACCGAAUUCGAAGAGCAGUACAGGUCCUAUCAAAUCACGACUGCAGCCGACCAGCCCGAGCUGCUUCUACCAGAGAACAAGCGCAUGCGUGUAGGUAUCAUACACGUCGGAGCACCUGCCGGUGGAAUGAACGCUGCUACACGAGCAGCAGUGGCGUACUGCAUAGCUCGCGGUCACACACCAGUUGCGCUUCACAAUGGCUUCCCCGGCAUCAUCCGCCAUCACUCCGACAAGCCGCUUGGUGCAGUUCGCGAGAUAAAGUGGAUAGACGCCGAGACAUGGGCGUCCAAGGGCGGAUCUGAGAUUGGAACCAACCGUGGUCUCCCUAGUGAGGACCUUGAGACUGUGGCUUUUGUCUUCCGGACCUACAACAUUCAAUCUCUGUUUGUGGUUGGAGGAUUCGAAGCCUUCACGGCCGUUUCAGAGGUUGUCAUACCUGCUACAAUUUCCAACAACGUCCCAGGAACUGAGUAUUCUAUUGGUUCCGACACUUGUCUCAACGCCCUCAUCCAGUACUGCGACGCCUGUCGUCAGUCAGCGUCCGCUUCCCGUCGCCGAGUGUUCGUUAUCGAGACACAGGGUGGCGAGUCGGGCUACAUUGCAACCGUCGCUGGUCUCAGCAUCGGCGCUCUAGCUGUCUACACACCCGAGGAAGGCAUCAACAUCAAGAUGCUAGAUCGCGACAUUGACCAUCUUCGGGAGGUGUUCGGAAGGGACAUGGGUCACUCCCGAUCAGGAAAGGUAAUCUUAGUGAACGAAAAAGCGUCCAGGACCUACUCUGUACAAAUCAUUGCCGACAUGAUUGCAGAGGCCGGCAAGGGCAAGUUCGAAUCUCGGCACGGUGUUCCCGGUCAUUUCCAGCAAGGAACGACUCCCUCACCCAUGGACCGUGUCCGAGCCGUGAGGUUUGCUACCAAGGCUAUGCAACAUCUAGAGCAGUAUGCUGGUUUGGAGCCAGAUGAGUGUGAAGACGACCCGCUGUCAGUGAGUGUUAUCGGCAUCAAGGGCUCAAAGCUCCUCUUCUCCCCGAUGGAGGUCGUCGAGAAGAAGGAGACCGAGUGGCAUCGUCGCCGACCAAAGCAUGAGUUCUGGAUGGCUCUGAAGGAGACUGUGGAUACACUCAGUGGCAGACCUCAGGCUCCGGCAAAUCCAACGGACAUUGAUACCUUGGCUGGACGACCGAGGGGAGCGACAGUCACCGUCACACACAAGUGAUUCACGCCUUCCGAUUGAUAAGGCGUUGAAGGCAUCUGGGAUACCUUAUGACAAUCCUGUGUACAUUCUAAACUCUUCUUACUCUUCCUGAUACAUACUCAGGCUCUCAUCAUUCCAAUUCAAAAAUUUGCCGCUUAGGCCUUUG